AUGGCUGAAUUUCCAAGUGCACCCGAUCAGACCAUCUCUCCGGUGACGCCAACGAGUGUGAAGAGGAAGACGUGGAGAUAUGCCCCAGAGGACGCGGCCAAAUUAUUAGUGAUGCGCCCAGAGAAGCCACGCCAGGAUUCAGCAAUUGGCCUUUGCGGUGGUCAGAUUCCAUCACCGAUCGCCGCACUCAGCAAGGACCACAGAUGGUCAACUAUCUCCGAGCCGGAAGAGAGUCAACACAGCUCGCGGAUUUCGACUGCGAGUGCGGACCAGCAAGACUCGCACAUCUUGAAAGGAAGUCACGACGACGAAAAUCAUCACGAGUUCGAGAGCCACACCGAUAGUUCUACCACGAGCUCCUGCCGCAAGGAUGUACCAAUGCCCGUCGAUGUCACUAGCCUGUUCACGGUGCAUCCCGACGACCUGGAUUUUGACUUCGACCAAUUCGAUUUUCCAACUGGGCCGAGAUUAUCGAGGCCGUUCUUCAUGCCAACCCCAGUACUCAACAAGAAGCGGGGAUCAGCGUUGAUCAGUCGACGUUCGGUGGCAUCAGUCGAGCUCAGCCUCAAGACUCGAAGGAGAACGCAGGACUCCGAUACUCUGUCACCAACCUGCCUUUCACCAGGCGAGCUGCAGCGCCUGUACGUAGAAUGUAUACCACAGCGCUCGUCAUUCCGCGGAGACCAAGCACAGCCCGCGAUGCCGGCCAUCAUACUACCGACGACGCCAGUCGAUAAGUUGCAUCCACAUCAGCACAAGUCUGGCUUACCACACAGUCCCCAGCAGGGCAAGGACCGCGUUCCGUCCAUACUGCGGCAGGAUUCAAAGUCUAGCUUGCAGCAUCAGUGUUCCAACUUGAGCAUGGGCCAAGCUGGUCUUGCGGAACGUGUAGACGAUGCCAAUCAGAUGUUGGCCGAGUCGAAAGAAAGGUUGUAUCGUGCCAAGAAGGAUCUCUACAUCAGAGAAGAGCAUUGUCGCGAGAUCGAGGUCCGCGCAACAAACAUGAAGUAUGGCAUGGAAGAAGCAAUGCGAAAGUAUACCGCCACGUCCAAGGAGCUCACGAGCCUCAAAACUUUCAAAUGGGAAUGCUCGUUGUCGAUACCAGCUCAAGUCCUGUCCAUGCGUCAGCGUAAGAUUCACGGUGAGUUGAAGAUACAGAUUCGGGAUCUCGAAAGAAAUCUCAACGCUACCAUGGGCGACCUGCGCUCCAAGGAGAGGAAGUGGAAAGAAGCUCAAAUCGCACUGGCCACAUGCACUCAAGAUCUUGAGAAGCAGAAGUCGAUCGUGGAUGACAAGAGCGAAAAGAUGCGGAUAGCCGGGGAGGCCAAGACGCGCUUGACCGAGAUGCUCGAGAGGGCUAAGCAGGAACAAUCAAGUCGGCAAGAGCAGAGCGUGCGCGAAGAAGGAGCAGUUGCGCCGCAGGAUACGAAUGAUCCCGAAGCGGAGCUGGUCGCAGUAAACAAGAAGGCACAUCGAUUGAGCCAACAUCUCAUCAGCGAGGUCGAAGCGGAGUGCGAGGAAAGUCGGUCGAAGAUCCAGCGCAUGAAGCGCGCCAGUGUCACGCCUGAUAGCAUCCUGCAGGAAGAGCUCAUGAUGGCCAAACGUGAGCUCCGCGAGCGGGAGGAGUUGCUGGGUGUUGUAAAGCGCACAAAUGCAGAUCUUGCACGAAAGAUUGCCGACAUGGAGCACAAGCUCGGCGGACGAAAGCACUGGAGUGGCAGCGGAGCGCUGAGCUGA